AUGGCUUCAUUGGCAACAAGUCUAGGUUUCGAUGUGGUCGAGGAUGACAUGCCAGCUCUUCUGGCUUCUUUCGAUAUCCCGUCGGAGCUCCACGCUGUGAUUGGCAACUUUACGCCCAAGCUUUUCGGGCUUGUGGCUACAGAUCUUACAGACUUGAAUCACUUCCUUGCUUCUUUGGAAUUGGCUUCUUGUAGCGAAGAUGAGUUCGUGGUUCGUGCCAAGAUUCGUCGUCUUUGGCAGCACUGCUCUGCACCUGAAGUACCAGCCGAAAAUCCUGCGGUGAAUGCAACGCAACCACUGUCCACUACUUCCUCGACAAGUACGUGGGCGGAGACUUUUCCACCCAAGCUGGAUGCUGCCGUUGUACGCUCUUUUCGGGAUCGCUUCGAGAAGUCUUAUCCUUCCGAAAUACUGGACAGUGAAUCGAUGCCGAGUUCACGGCUUUUAGCUUUGGCACAUCGUUAUGUCAAAAACAAGGAGUGGCAGUGGAUUCCUUGGGCUUGGCGUAUGAGCCAAGCUCAGCUUGACGCCUCCCAGCUUCAACGGCCGAGUAAGCUGCCUAAGCUUGACAAUCUUUUCGUGGACGAAGUGCCUGUCCGGGACCUUCCACAUGGCAACAACCCAGCAUCAGAAGGCAUCCUUCGUUCUGUGCUCUCAAUUCACUCCAAUGCCAUAGCCCUGGUGGAAGGUGCGCAUCUUGGCGUCCUUCGCCUCUAUGAGAAGCGUUUCUUGAAGUUGGCCUUGCAGCGCUUCGAGAAUGGCUCUGGCUUGCGCUCUGUCAAUGUUCAGGAGGCGAUGAAUGCAGAUCGUCGAGCUUGGGAAGUGAUAGGUGAUUUGCUUGCUCAUGGCUGGCAGCUUGACGACGCGAUCUCUGAAGUUGUGGAGGUCCGAAACGAGCUGUCCUCAAUGCUUCAAGCUCGUCCUUGGACUCCGAAGUUUGAGCCUUCUCGGGGCAAGGGCGGGUUCAAGGGCAAGCCUCCCGGCAAACCUAAGGGUAAGGGUAGGGGGUUUGGCCUUAAAGAAGCUUUUUCAGGCAAGGAACGCACACCCUGGGCAACAGAGAUUGUGCGCAACAACGAGGGUGCCAGCGACCCGCUUGCAAGUUUCUCCAUGUUUGCUGUGUUGCCAAGCAGGCGUGAGCAUGUGGUUCAGUCCACAGACUCUUCAGCUUAUCUCAACUUUGGAUACCGCUCAGGGACACAGGUCGGCAUUUGCAAUCUGACUUGGGAUUUUCCAGAGCUUGUCUCUUUCAUCAACCUUUGUUUGAGGCGAGCUUUCCCUGGGAAGAGUUGGGCUUCGGUUUGCGUGUCCCAUAACUCUUUUGCAAAGCUACACAGUGAUUCAGGGAAUUUGUACGGCUCUGAAAACCAUGUGCUUUCUCUGGGCCAACAUGUCGGUGGCCUUCUUUGGUUGGAGGGUGCAUUGGAACAGCCCGCACCUCCCCCAUCUUCCCAGUCCGUGGAUUGCUCCGGCGGCCUGGUGAACAUUCACGAAAAGCCUUUUUCUUUUAACCCACGUCUUCUUCAUGGUUCUUCUGAGUGGGUUGGAGAUCGAUGGGUGCUAAUCGCGUACACCCCGCAAGUUUUCCAAUCUGCGUCAUCCGAAGAAUUAUUGCAGCUGCAGUCGCUAUCUUUUCCAUUCCCUGGGGCUGAGACCACAUCUUCGGCGGCACUUUCACCAUCGCCAUCGCUAGUGCCUUUGGCGUCAGAUACAAAGCUUUUCCUGGACCUCUGCUGUGGCUCUUCGGCUCCUUUCUCCACGGCGGUACGUGCGCUGGGUAUUCCUUGUCUUGCAGUUGAUCCACUUUUUGGAGAAGGUUUGGACCUUCACGAUGAGACUUUUGAUAAACUUCUGGCCUUGGCUCACAAUGAAUUGGCACAUGCUAGUCCACCCUGUGGCGAGUUUUCGCUGGUUAAGCUUCGAGAAGACGGUGGGCCUCGGGCUAUCCGCACUCCAGAUGAGCCUUAUGGCAGGUCUGAUCUUACUGAGGCAGAGUCCGAACGCUUGCAUACCAGCUUUACGUUGGCAACCCGUUGCAUAUCUCUGCUGCUGGCAGUGUUUGAGUCCGGUGGCCAAACCAGUCUUGAGCAUCCCAGGAACUCUAUGCUUUGGCUUUUGAAGGAGGCUCAGUUCUACCUAAACUCUGUGGCAGCUGAUGUGGUCGUCACGUCCGCUUGCCAGUGGCAGCAGGAUUGGUUUAAGCACUGGGCGUUUGCGACAUCUCUUCGAUCACUUCAGAGCCUGGCUGGCGUUUGCCCACAUGGGAAGGAUGCACACGCACAGAUCUGGGGCGUCAAAGAUGAGACUGGGCAGCAUCUGUCUCGCUUGACUGCCGCGUACCCGGAAAGUUUGGCCAACGCCUUCGCCCAGCAAGUUCUUCCUUUAUUUACGCCGCUGCCAGACGCACACUUCGUUGUCUUGCAGGAAUGUAUGCAGCUGCUUCCACGCAAACCUAUGUCAGCUUCCUUUCCAUGUGCUACCCAGGAUGGGGGGGGAUCUUUAGCAUGCCAGAUUGGUCCUCGCCACAGCCAGGAAAGGAUGAUGUCCUACGUGAAGUACGCCACAAGCUGCAUGCAAAGCUUUUGCAGCUUCGUGCUCCACAACGCUGUGGCAUCCUUCAUUUCUGAUAAAGAUGUGUCGCUAUGGCCAUGCUUGCAUGAGGGGGUGCCGACAGGGUACCGUCGCAAUAUACCUGUGUCUGGGGUUCUGAUUCCGCUUGAGUCAAACGACUUCGAUCCACCACCUCUUCAACACUGCACGGGUAACUGGAGUGAGGCAGAAAAGGAUCCGGAGUUGUUCCGUGAUCUCAUUGAGCAGGAGGUGGCUGCUGGCUUCUUGGAAGAGGUUGGUUCACUGGAGACGGCGCAGUCACGUUGGCCGAAUCUCACUGCCGUGGGCAAGUGCAACAUUGUCAAGCAUCCUACUAAAGCUCCUCGCUUGAUCAUGGACAGUUCUAUAUCCAAUACAAAUGCUGGUUGCUACAUUCCGGAGCGCUACAUGAUGCCGUCUCUGCAGGAUAUUCGCGCAUCAUGGCCCCUCAGGGGAGAUGAUACAGAUUUUCUGGCAUUUGCUAUGGACAUCAAGGGGGCACACAAAACAAUACGAAUACACCCUGAAGAGUGGGGUCUCAAUAUGCUGCAGCUGGCAUCCAUCUGCUUUGCAUAUAAAUGCUGCCCUUUCGGUGCAGCGUUUUCAGCCUUUUGGUGGGCUAGGCUUUCAGCUUUCUUCAUAAGGUUUCUGCAUUUGCUGAUUUUCUUGAAGCAUUCCCUGUGCGCUUACGUGGAUGAAUUUUACAUGGUUCAACCUUGCGAAGUGGCAGCUUUGACGUCAUCGAUGAUCAUUUCGGUGUGCCAGUGCUUCAAUAUUCCUCUCUCGUGGGCCAAAUUACAGUUUGGUGCACGUGUGGUUUGGAUAGGCUGGUCGUUUAACCUGCGCUCACACUCCUUUCAUCUGCCAUACGAGAAGCUUGAGAAAUUGCAUACAAUGCUGUCGACACUGCUCAAAGGCGAGUUCACUACGCGGCAUGAAUUGGAGAUCGUUGCCGGUUAUUUGCAGUGGGUUUUCCAGAUGCACAAACUGCUUAAGCCUUGGUUGUCAUGUUUGUACGAUGACAUGCGUCGUCCAGUUGCAACUUCAUACUCCGUGGAGCCUUCACAGUGGAUUGAGUUCAUUUCAUGCAUUUCAGAUGACCUUCUGAUCCAGCGGCAGUUACCUGGCGCGGCGCUCCCUCUGGGUGGUCGUCUCCUUUCGGUGAAACAUCAGGCCUUGCGCAGCAAAGCAGAUCUACGACGUGUUGGUAUUUCACCAAAGCGUAUCUGGCUUCGCAUAACCAAUCCUGCGUCAUCCAAGCGUCGACUUUCGCAUCAAUCAAGGGUCUUCCUGCGAUACUGGCAGCAAUGGGCGCAGAUGCCUUUCUUUUCUCGCCCCCUGGCUAUGCCGCCUCGCUGGCUCCCAGACACUUUCGCUGCAGAUGCCUGCGCUUCUGGCAACAAGAUUGGGAUUGGCGGUUUCAUCAAGAUGGGCGAUGCACCUGCAGUGUGGUUUUCUGAGGUAUUCAGCCUUCGUUCUCUUCAGAAACUGAUCUCUGAUCUACCGUCAGUUGCACAAGAGGCCAUCACGUGCUGGGAGACUUUGGCCCAAAUGGGGCUUGUUCUUCUUUUGGCUUCAUGCUUUCCUGGCGGACGACUUAAGAUCUGUGUACCUUCUUGGUGUGACAAUACUGGGGCGUCCCCUGGCUUUCUUUGCGCAAAAGCUUUCGCUUCUUUCUUGGCAUACUGGCAUUUCUCUGGAUGUUCAUCACGUUGCUGGUUUCGAAAACACUAUUGCUGA